CCCAUUGAUUUUGAGCAUAAACUAACACUAGCCUGGCCUGAACACAGCACACGCCACAGGAGAGAGAGAGGCUGGGUGUAACUGGGUCAUGGUCUCCAUUUUCUAUCCACGCCAAGGUCGAAAAACUGAUCCUAAAUCCUAAAUCCUUUAUCUGUGUUAUCCUUGGUGGUAUAGAUGCUGCUUUUACAUAAUGAAGUAACGUUAAAUAGUCGGGAGAAAUAGCACCGGUACAGCAGGACAGGACACAUCCUCUGAUGACUGUGUCGGCUGAGCUGUAACUCUUUAGCGAGUCCCAGGGCUACAGAAAACACUGCUGAAGCACAUCUGGGAUUAUGGAAGCCAUUAAAAGCAACUGGUUAAGGGAACUUCCUGGUCUAGAGGUGGAAUGGAGGCAAGGGCUGGUCUCCAUCAAACCACCAAAUGCAGGUGUGACAACUGUCUGAUGGAUUUCCUUGCAAAGUGUUGGGAAUGCAGCCACCUCUAGCGCCGGCCACAGUCAGAGAGCUGGUGCGCUCCCAUCUCCAUCUUGACCCCGUUGCUGCAGAUUUGCGCUGCAGUCUUUUGGUGGCUGCCGCACAGAGCUACAAGCGUGAUUCUGUCCUGAGGCCAUUCCCACCUCGAUAUCUAAGGGGAGAGAUAAAGGAUUUUGAAGAGUUGCAGAAAGAUGUGAGCUGCUUGCCAAGCAUAAGAGACCUGGUCCGACUGGGAGCAGGAGAUGGAGAUCACCAUCUGGCACUAGUACACUGGGUGCUCUCCUCCAAGAGUUUUGCUGUAAAGACCAUCCAGAAAGAAGAGUGGGCCAGACUCAGCCAACUGACACAAAAUGCAGGAGUCUCCUCUCCUGUGCCAGACUUCCUUUUUGAGUUGGAAUACUGUGAACAGAUGAAUUCAAAGUUUGAGAAGACACGGGCAGGACGGGACAUUAUCUAUGCAUUCCAUGGCAGCCGACUGGAGAACUUCCAUUCCAUUAUUCACAAUGGUCUCCACUGCCAUCUGAAUAAGACAUCACUGUUUGGGGAAGGCACUUACCUGACCAGUGACCUUAGUAUGGCUUUCCUCUAUAGUCCCCAUGGAAAUGGAUGGUGUGACAGUGUCCUUGGGCCAGUACUAAGCUGUAUUGCCUUGUGUGAGAUCAUUGAUCAUCCAGAUGUGAAGUGUCAGGUAAAGAAGAAAGACUCUGAGAGCAUUGACCGCAAGCGUUUGAGGGCAAGGAACAGCGAGGGUGGGGACGUGCCAGAGAAGUACUUUGUGGUCACCAAUAAUGAGCUGCUGAGAGUGAAGUACCUGCUGGUUUACUCUCAGAAACGUUAUAGAACCAGACAUGCUCAAGGAACAUCAUGGCUGGUCAGACACCAUUUUGCAAUUAUGAUGGGUCUCUACCUUCUACUCCUCAUAUUCAUUGGUGCCUUCAAUUCUACUAGUUUUCAGUCAUUUUGGCAUCGGAUAUUCCGGUGAUCCAACUUUUCAUCACAUUUGCCUCAUUUCCAAAGUGCCUUUUUCUUUGGUUCACAAAGAUCCCUUAAGAAUUUAGUUUAAGACUUGCAAUGAAUGUAAUGCUCAGGAACCUCUGAACAUUUUAACCAUCAGUUAGUGUGUACUAGUUGUACUGCAGUUACAUGUAAUUUAAUCGCAUUUUAAUGUGCAUUUAUUAGCUUUUUAUGUCAACACAUAAUGUAACAUUUACAUCUGAAAAACAGAGUGGGGAAUAGAGGCCUGCUUGUCUAGGCUGUGGGAUUUUUUUUAUCACUUGCAUGUAGCUUGUCAUAAGAAAACAUGUUUUGUUUUUUUGUAUAAUAAUGGAAUAACUACAUUAGCUGUAUAACCAAAUUAUGAGGGACAAAUUGCUGUCCUAUUGCUACCUUUCUUUACAGGAACGUGCUUGGCCAAGGUCAGUAGCUGCUUACAUAAAUGUAAAUUAAUUAUAGGGCACCAUUAGUUGACCACAAUGAUCAUUUUACUGUUUAUAGGGCUGAGAGUUUAAUUGAAUAUAGCCUUUCUUAUUGUUCCACUAGAACUGUUUGAUCCAUCUCACAAAAUGAUUUCUGAUACUGCAUUCUUAUGUCAUAUACUGUGAGACUGUUGGGUGUUCUUUUCAUAAUAGUCCCAAAGUUUAUGUUUAGAAAAGGUUGAAAGACACAUUGUCAAUAUAGUCGAUUUAGGAACUGUUUAAUUCUUUAUUGUUUAAUUUCCUAAAUAUGACUAACAGAAGAACAGUAAACUAGGACUACUUGGGUGUGUUUGGUCGGGGGGGAUGAUACAAAUUAAUGAAAUAAUACAAAAAUAAUACACAUUCAGGAUGUUAUUAUAACAAAUACAGUAUUGUUUCUCAUCAAUCAUUGUUGUCUUCAUUUAAUGUUAACAAUAUGCAGUACAUGUCCAUGGCCAUUGACCUAUUUUUCUGUGAAUAAACCCUAAAAUAGUUUACACUUGGGUUAAUAAACACAUAUCUUUCCA